GGUGGUGUCCCAGAUGGUUCUCCUGUGGCACCGAUAGUGCCCUGCUUUCGUCACCGCCUGGGGAGGCCAAGCCCAAUCUGCUCCCCAGUGCCCGCAGCAGCCAAACAAACAACCCAGCCUGGCACGGGCUGAGCUGCCAGGGCUGCGUGGGGUCCGACAUGGAGCCCCCCCAGCCCCCCGAGAGCGGGCAGGCAGGCAGCGGGAGCGGCCGGCGGUGCCCAUACCGGGCAGGGAGGAGGCUGCAUGGGAUCCCGCAGCAGGGAGCGGAGGGCAGCCUGCGCCAGCUGCUGGUCGAGGCGCUGCUGUCGGCGGGCAGGGUGGACAGCGUCAGCAUGGUGAUGGGGCUGCACCCGCAGUACCUCAGCAGCUUCUGGAAGACUCAGCGCCUGCUGCUGCGCAUGGACGGGCCCCUGCCCUACCACAAGCGCCACUACAUCGCCAUUAUGGCAGCAGCUCGGCACCAGUGCACCUACCUGGUGAGUCUGCACACGGAGGAGUUCCUGCAGGUGGGGGGCAACCCAGCCUGGCUGCAGGGCCUGCACUGUGCCCCCCCAAAACUGAGGAACCUCAACGAGAUCAACAAGCUGCUGGCACACAGGCCCUGGCUCAUCACCAAGGAGCACAUCGAGGCUCUGCUGAAGCCAGGAGAGGACAGCUGGUCGCUGGCGGAGCUGGUGCAGGCCCUGGUGCUCCUCACCCACUACCACUCGCUGGCAUCCUUUGUCUUCGGCUGUGGCAUCAGCCCCAAGGAGGAGCAGGAUGGGGGGCAGGGCUGCCAGCCCCCCUCGCCCCACAGCAAAGGCAGCCCUGCCUCUGACGACAGCAUGGAGGGCUCUGGGGGCAGAGAUGCCAUGCAGGAGGUGGAGGUGCUGAUGGAGAGGAUGAAGCUGCUGCAGGAGAGCCAGCUGGAGGAGGAGGGCAUCACACAGGAGGAGCUGGAGACACGCUUUGAGCUGGAGAAGACAGAGAGCUUGCUGGUUGCUCCCUCAGAGGUGGCAGAGCAGUGCCCAGGCUCCAGUGUCCUCUGCUUCGUGGAGGACCCUGAGUUCGGCUACAAGGACUUCACACGCAGGGGUCAGCAGGCCCCCCCCACCUUCCGGGCACAGGACUACACCUGGGAGGACCACGGCUACUCCCUGAUCAACCGCCUGUACCCCGAGGUGGGGCAGCUGCUGGACGAGAAGUUCCAGGUGGUCUACAACCUGACCUACCACACCCUGGCCUCGCUGCGCGGGGUGGACACCUCCGUGCUGCGCAGAGCCAUCUGGAACUACGUCCACUGCGUCUUUGGCAUUCGCUACGACGACUACGACUACGGGGAGGUGAACCAGCUGCUGGAGCGCAGCUUGAAGGUCUACAUCAAGACUGUGGCUUGCUACCCGGAGAAGACCACCAGGAGGACCUACACCCAGUUCUGGAGACACUUCAAGCACUCAGAGAAGGUCCAUGUCAACUUGCUGCUGCUGGAGGCUCGGAUGCAGGCAGCUCUGCUCUAUGCCCUGAGAGCUGUCACCCGCUACAUGACCUGACCAGACCCUGCUCCCUCCUCCUCCUCCUCCUGCCCCGUGGCUGGGGGAGAGGCCAGGAGGGAGCUGGCACCUUGAAGACUUCGUUGGAAUCUUGCCUGCCCCAUUCCGGGGCCUGGAGCUGUGGGAGGAAGCUUGGGGCCUCCCUGCCCCUCCCAGGAGAGGGUGCCCCUCCCAGGAGUGGGAACCCCUCAAGAAGCUGUCAGUGUUGGGGACCUCCAGAGUGCUGUCUUGGGCCUGGCAGGGCACCACUGCUCCCUGUCUGCCUUGGGAUUAGCCCAGACAAAGCCAGGCUGAGGUGCCCGUGGGUGCUGCCCUCACCAUGCACUGCUGGUGUCACACCUCUGUGCCAUGUCCUGGCACCAAGAUUGCCAGCACUGAGGACCCUCCUUGGGUACUGUGGGCCUUGUCCCUGCUUCUUGUGCUGCAGCAGAUGUAGCUGCCAGGGUGGUGCCCUGGAACACUCCACCCACCUCAUGCCCAGGGAAGGCAGCACAGAGGUGGUGGGAAAGGUCUGGGCAGCCUUGGUGCCACUUUCCUUGGAGCUGAAACUCCCAUGCUGGGGUCUGUGUGGUUGGGGAGGAGGCUGUGACUUCAUCCUGCCCUGGCCAGGGGCUUUCUGCUGCCUUCAGUGCCUGCUGUGACAUGAGGAUGUCCCCUCCGUGGACCCCAGCCCUGCAGUGGGGGUGGUGAAGCUGCAGGAGGGCUCUGGGACUUGAGGUGCCCUUGAGCUGGGCAGGGAGGGGUCACAGCCCCUGUGCUUGGUGCCUGCCUUUGCCUCGUGUUCACCCCCUGGCCCAUCUCUGCCUCCUCAGCUUGCUGGGCUGGGGCGUGGAGCUGCCUGCAGCUGCCCUGCUGCCUGUUCUGAGGGUGGCAGGGUGGGAUGUGGGGGCACCUGUGGCUUCCCCCAGCUGUGCCAGAGCACUUCCAGCAGUGCAGGUCGCUGGAAGGUGCCUGGCAGGGAGAGCCUCCCCCAGCUCCCAGCCCUGCCCCAGGAGCGUCAGCUGCCAGGAGGCCACUGCUGGCCUCUGCGCCAACCACGGCUCCAGCUAAAUUCUUUCUGUGGGGUCUGGGGGCACUUCCGUGGCGCCUGUGUGGGCGUGGCAGCAUGGCUGUGACUGCUGUGGCUCUCGUUUGGACAAAUAAAGUUCUUUCAGGGUUUUU